AUGGGGUUCUGGACUGGCUGGGAGUUAUGGGAGCAGAUGUGCUUCUGGAAACAGGUUCUUGGUGGUCUCAUUGCUCUUGUCCUCUUGUACGGUACAGGUGUUCACAUAUACAACUCUUGGAGGAUAAAAAAGAUUGGGGCGGCAGAGAAACUGAAGAAAUCUCGAGAAGAGGAGACAAUUGGAACAAAGGGGCUUGACCUCAUUCCCUUUGGCUCCCGCGCCCUCGAGAGCGGAAUCGAGAUCGAAGGAAUCUGGAUAUCCAAAAACAAUACACCCCAAGCGAGUCCGAUCCCGCCUGCUACCCCUGAAGGAACGAGGCCGGCUAGUCCUACGUGCAGCAACCUUGAUCUUGGACUUGCAGCUGUUCCAAGGGAAGAAAGAUCCAGUGCGGAGCGCUCUCUGUCAAUAGGCAACGGAGAGGAAGAGAUAUUCAUGGAAGCACAUGAACAUAGUGCGGUAGCGGAUAAACCAGAAGAGCUGGACAAGAAAGAUAGUUCAGGCUCGUCCAGCACAGGCCACUCUGGCGAGAUAAGUCGGCCAUCACCCUUGGAAAGAGUUGAGAGUGAGAUUAGAGAGCAGACACAUCAUCGAACCGACUCAAGAGGCGUAUCCAUCUGCAGUCGUAGCCUCGUCCCUCACUCGAGAAACCAGUCUAGCAGCCAUAUCCCCGUAGAGGGCGAAGACCAUCUGCAAGCCCUACACAGCCACAGACAGUCCCACGUAGCCGAGACCGGCCAGCUGGGGGGACCCUGGAGACACCAACCCGUUCAACGACCAAGUCCAGAAUAA